GGCCAACUGAACUGCACCCGUGGGAAAAAACAUCUCGCCAUGCCGGCCUCCUCCUCGCGGUCGCGAAGGCGCUCCCCCUCGCGGCGGAGGUCGCGCUCUCGCCGCGACAGCCGCCGGAGCAGCCGCCGCCGCGACAGCCCCCGCCGCCGCGACAGCCCCCGGCGCCGCGACAGCCCCCGCCACGACAGCCGCAAGCGAAGCCCGCAGAAGAGCUCGCGGUCGCCGAGGAAGCCCUCCAAGACGCGACCGUCAGCUUCCAGAUCCAGGUCAGCGAGUGAGCCGCGCAAGCGAGCGGUGAUCACUCCGGGGGGCGGCAUCGAGUCUGUGGAAGCGAAGGUGGUUGAUGCCCGCACCCGGCACAGCGGCGAGCCCACAUAUCAGGCGGAAGUGUACCUGGGCUUGGAUGCAGCUUCUGCAGGUCGGCAGAGGACUAUGUGCGUGCGCAGGGCGCUAAGCCGAUUCGCCGAUGCUCCGAAUGUCUCGAUUUCAUCGAUUUCCAGGACCUUCCCCCCCCCGUUGGAGAGUCUGCUUCUUCGAACUGCUUGCUCGAAAUGGUGGGAUAUUUUUGGGACUCCGUGGGACACCUCAACGGAAUGCGGUUCCAUCUGGCAUAUCGAUCUCGCGGAUUGAUUUUGAGCAACACUGCGGAUUGUUUUGGUUCUUUGCUUGUUUGGAUCUUCCCAGGGGCUGACCUGUUUGCUCGUUUUGGAUUCGGGCGCCGCGCCGUCUCAACCUGGUGGGAUGUCACCCUACCGAUGGGGUCCCUGAGGAAGGUCGGUGGUGCAAUAAGC